AUGGAAGUGGAUCUAUCGUCUGAUGAAAACGGCUAUGAUAGCCUAGACGACGCCCAAUUUGAGGAUGACCACGGUGAAAGAGCAUCUGAGUCUGUACAUCCGGAUUCAGCUCCUCGAUAUAUGAUACCCGAGCGUGUUAUUGGUGCUGUCGAGUUUCCUGCAAUUGUGGAAAACCCUGACCGAGCUGUCAAGGCGUUUGGUCGCGUUCCCCAUCUUCAACAUGUCUUAGAUACGGGGAGGAAUUCAAUUCCACUUUAUCUGGUGCCGGAAGACCCGUUCUUUAAACCCAUCAUGUCACAUAAUGCUCGCAGUCACGAUGUGGUUCUCAAAGUCACAGUUCCGAAAAGAACUGGACGCAAAAGAAAAAGAGGAACAGAUGGACCUUGGGAAGGAGAUGUCGAAGUCACCGACGCCCAAGAUCAACCGCCUGCAAAUGACAAAGUCGCAUCUUACGAUCGACUAGAUGACCCCAAGGUGCUACGUCGAAAAAUGGCAGACAAUGUCGGCAACUAUCAUGUUGAAGCUGUGGGUGUGAUUCGCAGUACACAUCGCUUCCGUGGACUUCACGACUUUUACUGGGACAUGUCCAAGUCCAACUUUGCACAACGAUACGUUGAUCAAGUUCUUCCCGGAGAUGUCGACAAGAUGAAGGAGUUCAAGUUUCAGCCUGGAGUUGACAAAGGACCCAAUGUCGAUAUCAUCCCACCACCCAUGUUCACGCACAUGAGUCUUCCUUUCAACUACCAAUACUCACAAAACCCAUAUGUACGAGCCACCGAAGAUGGCGGUACGAUAAAUACCACUGCUGUUAAGCAAGUGGGUUACUUUAUCGGUGCAGAAGAUCCUGCGCCGACUGAGCCUCAGCUUCACCCCGACAUGACCGACCCACGAAUGGUGGAAAUCAUAGCUGAGCUCGAAGACGCAUUCGCGGAGCGACCUAUCUGGACACGGCGAUCAUUGCUCAACUAUCUUGGGGGCAAGCUUAAGAACUGGAACGAACUCAAGAAAUAUUUGAACUACGCCGCUUAUCAAUUCAAGGGAGGUCCGUGGAGAGAUGGAGUGGUUCAAUAUGGUAUUGAUCCACGAACGGAUCCCAAAUAUCGAAUCUACCAAACCCUCAUGUUCAAGCUUCCAAAGCAGAAGCGUGCUCAGCGGGGCCAAACGUGGAAAUCACUACGCAAAGUCCAAAUGGGACCCCUGAAAGAAUUCCUGGAAGAGCUUUCCGAGAGCCACGUCUUUGAUGGCGACACUUUCCAUACCGACGGCAAAGUGUGGCAAGUCUGCGAUAUCACUGACCCUCUUCUCAAGGAGCUCUUCGAAAACGCCGAUAUACGCCCAGAAUGGGAUCCCAGCAGUGGAUGGUACCAUGGCGGUCUCUGGGCUAAAGUCAAGGCUAUCAUGAAGACGAAACUCGUGGCCAUCCAAUUCGACCGACAUCUCACCCGGGAAGACUUUGCAAUGACUCUAGAAACAGGCGACAAAACGCCAGUCCGGUCAAACCAAGCAACGUUCCACCUGCCACUUCCAAAUUUACGACUUACAGAUGAGGAGCUGACACAACUCCGGGGACGACAACCAACUAAAAAGAAUAAGCACAAGGGCUAUAGCGUGCGAGUCAGAGACCCCAACGCAGGACCCAAGAAGGCUCCAGCUGAGGAGACCGCCGGUGUCGCUGCAAAUUUGCAAGAGGAGGAGGCUCGUUUGUUGGGGGAGAUGGGGUCCGGAAACGAGGAUUCUGAUGAGGCCGACGAAGACGAGUCCGGUGGCGAUGAAGAUGACGAUGGAGACGAAGAUAUGCCAGAUGAACUGGAAUAUGACAUCGAUCCAGAGAUGUAUGGAUGA